AAUAACUCAGAGUCAGUCCAAUACUGUCUGUACAAGGGGAUUGUUGUUUGGUUGGGUGUGGUUCGCUGGUAAAAUACACAAUAAUACAUCUCGACAAAUAUUGUAUUUCAGAAAUAAUUGAUCAUUCAGUGUCACUUUAAAAGAAACAUUUGCACUAUGAGGAUCUUAAUUUACUUGUUCAUUUGGACCGCACAACUCGUGUCAUCCCAGCCUUAUGACGUGAAAUCCUCGGAAAACUUGCUUGAAUCCUUGGCAAAAUUUCCUACCCAAGAUUUCUACGCAAAUGAUUUGAGCACCGAUGAUUUUUUGGGUCAACGACCACUAGCUCGAAAUCGAACUGAGGGGAGAAGAUCUGCUCGAUUUACAUCGCUGACCACGGCGAUUGGUGAUCAGAGCAGUAACAACCUUCGAGAUUACGACCGUCUCGUUUCCCUCGGUCUUCCAAAGUCGUGGGUUUUGGGGAUUUUACGCACACGACGACAUCCCAGUUGCUACAGGACAGUUUAUGCUUGCUUCCCAAACAACAAGUACCGCACCAUCGAUGGGACUUGUAACAAUUACUUACAUCCAGUUUGGGGGUCAUCGUAUAACACGUUUCAGAGACUCUUUCCGGCCCAAUAUUCAGAUGGGUACAACUCACCAAAAGGACUUCCACCCCAGCGUCCUUUACCAAAUGCACGUUUGGUCAGUUCCACUAUACAUUCUGACCUGAUUCAUCCUGAUUCAACUUUAACAAAUAUGGUACCACAGAUUGGUCAAUUUCUAGACCAUGAUUUCGCUCUUACAAUUGAUGACGACCGAAGAUGCUGUACUACGGAAGAAGGCCAUCGCGACUGCUUUUCAAUUUCGAUUCCUACAAAUGACUAUUUCUACUCGAACCUAUCAACUCCACAAACUUGCAUGGAUUUUACCAGAUCAACGCCGUUUUGCUUUCCAACUGAAUCUGGUGUUAGAGAGCAGUUCAACAUUGACACUUCAUACAUUGACGCAUCACAAGUAUAUGGUUCAGAGAAUAAGAGGUCACAGCAUUUGCGACAAUUCAGCGGAGGACGGCUGGCAAUGAGUUCGGAGAAUGGACGACUUUUACCCCCAGUGAAACAAGUCGAGGAGAAGUAUAAAACUCAAAUUGAAUUCAUGGGAAAAUUUUUGGGUGGAGAUGAACGUGUUAACGAAAUGCCUGCGUUAACAGUAAUGCAUACAUUGUGGGUCCUUGAACAUAAUCGAAUCGCCGGCUUAAUUGCGAAAUUCAAACCAGAUUGGAUCGACGAGGUUAUUUUCCAAGAAACGAGACGUAUUGUUAUUGCGGAAUGGCAAACAGUAAUUUAUGGACAAUUCUUAACUACCGUUUUGGGAAAUGCCACGAUGGAAAAAUACAAAUUGGGACUUGGUUCUGGUUCUGAGAAGGGUUUCACCGAAUACAACCCCAAUCUAGACGCCACUUUAUUUCAUCACUUUGCCACAGCUGCGUAUCGGUUUGGUCACACCCUCCUCAAUGGUCUUAUUCGACUGGUGAGAGGACUCACAGAGGUUGGCUCCUAUUUCGUGAGGGACAAUUACUUUGACUCAGCUCAAAUCGAGAGGAAUGGCUCACUCGGAUAUGAGCUAAUUUUAGGGGGGCUUAUGACUCAAAACGCCCAGACUCAUGACAGAUUUGUUAGCGUUGACUUUACAAAUUUCUUGUUGAAAGAAAAACACAUGAACUUUGGUGCAGACCUGAUCGCCAGAAAUAUUCAGAGAAGCAGAGAUCAUGCAAUUCCAAAUUACGGAGUUUACAGAACACAUUGUGGAUUAGGACCUCUCUCAAAUGAUUGGAGAAGAAGGCCUCCCGAAUUUUCAGAGGAAACUUGGCAGAAAUUUAAGAGCGUUUAUAGCAGCCCCCGAGAUAUUGAAUUAUUUCCUGGUGGACUUUCGGAGCUACCCUUAAACGGAGCCGUGUCGGGACCAACAUUCAACUGUCUAAAAGCAAAACAAUUCAAGAUGUUAAAGUACGGAGAUCGAUUUUUCUUUACGCAUCGGAACCAGGCCGGUUCUUUCACUGCUAGACAAAUCCAAUCUAUCAGAAGGCGUACCCUUGGGGAUGUGAUUUGUGAAAACAGCGACAUUGAGCGAACUACAGUCAAUGUGUUCAAUAUUGCCAGUGAUUCAAAUCCUUGGGUAGAUUGCACAGAUUCGAGACGGACGAAAAUAAGAAUAGCUGACUUUGUUUGAUAUGGCAGAAUCGGUGAAAUUUUGUAUCUUUUUUAGUUUGGUAUUUUAUUUAUUGAUUAAUAUAUUAUCGUGUUCAGUCGUUUGAACUUUUCAAUGUACUUUACCGGUACGGUUGUUAGUAAAUAUUUCUGAACUUUUGAAAUAGUUUUAUUUAAUGCUUUAAUAAAGAACAAUUGCGACUGACAGUUUUGACAAUUGUUAACUUGAGAAAA